AUGGGUAAGGGAGGGAUGUCUUCUCAGGGAGGGGUUCUAGAAGCCCAUGUUGAACAAGAAAACAUGGCUGCUUGGCUUGUGGGUGUGAAUACCCUCAAGAUUCAACCUUUCAAGCUCCCCACUGUCGGUCCCAAUGAUGUCAGAGUCAAGAUAAAGGCUGUUGGGAUAUGCGGAAGUGAUGUCCACUACCUUAAGACCAUGAAAUGUGCAGACUUUGUUGUUCAAGAGCCAAUGGUAAUUGGGCAUGAAUGUGCUGGGAUCGUUGACGAAGUUGGUAGCAUGGUGAAGAAUCUGGUGCCCGGAGAUCGCGUGGCUCUAGAGCCCGGCAUCAGCUGCUGGAGAUGCGAGCAGUGCAAGGGCGGGCGAUACAAUCUAUGCCCAGACAUGAAGUUCUUCGCCACCCCACCAGUCCACGGCUCAUUGGCAAAUCAGAUUGUGCACCCUGCAGAUCUGUGCUUCAAGCUCCCGGAGAAUGUGAGUUUGGAGGAAGGCGCCAUGUGCGAGCCUCUGAGUGUUGGUGUUCAUGCCUGUCGGCGAGCCAACAUCGGCCCAGAAACAAACGUCCUGGUGAUCGGAGCGGGGCCAAUCGGGCUUGUGUCGGUGCUCUCUGCUCGUGCUUUUGGGGCAGCUAGAAUUGUCAUUGUGGAUGUGGAUGAUGAGCGCUUAUCCCUUGCAAAGUCUCUCGGCGCCGAUGACGCCGUCAAAGUCUCAACAAACCCUCAGGAUUUAGAAGAUGAAGUUUCUAAGAUAAAUAAGGCCAUGAAAGGUGGAGUAGAUGUGAGCUUUGACUGCGUGGGUUUUAAUAAAACUAUGUCAACGGCCCUCAGCGCCACCCGUCCGGGCGGCAAAGUUUGUCUCGUGGGCAUGGGUCACGGCGUCAUGACUGUCCCCCUCACCCCUGCCGCUGCCAGGGAAGUUGAUGUGGUUGGAAUCUUCCGGUACAAGAACACAUGGCCGCUGUGUCUCGAGUUUUUGAGAACCGGCAAGAUCGAUGUGAAGCCCCUGAUAACGCACCGUUUCGGAUUCUCCCAGAAGGAGAUUGAAGAAGCCUUCGAAACGAGCGCGCGUGGAGGAAAUGCCAUAAAAGUCAUGUUUAAUUUGUAA